CGUUCUGCGGGGGAGAGGUUGAGGCGAUUGAUGUCUAUCUCUCCUUCAAUCUACUCUUGUCUAGUAUCUGUGAAUGACAGAACUCCUAUUUCUUCCAUAUUAAGGACGAUAUAAGAAUUUCGAUGGUUUCGGGAUAAUUGCAUUUGAUCGAUAGGUUGGGGGCAGAAUUGAGAGAGGUGGUGUUUCCACUGUCAGUCGGAGGAGGGAGGUAGUGGUUUUCGGGUUAGUGGGAGCUGGGAAGAGGAGAAUUACGGAAUUGUGUGCGUGUGGAUAGUCUUCCUCUGGCUACCUGAGACCGCCUGUUCGCUGUGAGUGGGGAGUGUGGCAGUCGCAGUCCGGACCAGCUGCUGCUUUCGGCACCGAAACCUAAAGAUGUUCACAGCUGCAAGUUGUUUCACCUUCAUGGUUACUCUCCUUGUUGUACAGCCGCAAAAAGUUGUUUCCACCUGGAAGCUGAAGAAUGUAAAGGUUCUCCCUCAUGAAAAAGGACUGCAAGUCCUCUGGGAGCCACUGAAAAAUGUAUCCAAGAGACCUGUGGAUCACUAUACUAUUGGCUACGGUAAAACUCUGGAAAACCUCAAGUUCAUCAAGGCAGAUGAAGACAAACAGUCUUUUGUAUUAGAGGAUGUAGAGCCUGGAGAAGUUUAUUUUGUGAUGGUGACUGCAGAAAGUAAAACUGGAGAAAGCCAUCGUGUUUACAGAUCCAAUCGUAUAGCUGAGAGGAGAGUAUCAGAAGGACCUCAUCAUCCGCGAGCCAGCCCCUCAGCCAAUACAGUUUCACCGCGACUGAGAUCACCUCGUACCCCUCAAGCUAGAAGCUAUCUACUUGGCAGGAGAAGGAAAUAUGCACCACAUCCAAAAGAACAAAGGAGACAUAAAGUACAAAAACUUGUCCCUGAAUCAAUGUUUGGGACAUCUCCUCGGACAAGGAAUAUCCUAGGGCAGAGGAAGCCUAUUCACAGAACAAGCCCAACAAAACAUGAAGAGAAUAAUGAAUUGUAUGAACCCAGAGACAUAACAGUUCGAGUUAUGAGUCCACAAUCUGUGCUUGUUAUUUGGGUCGAUCCUGCUCUUCAAAGGGAUAAGAAUCAUGAUGCUGGUUCAGAAAGAUAUUACACUGUUAGAUACAGAGAGAAAGGAGAAUCUGCCAAAUGGGAAUACAAGAUAUCGAAGACAUACAGGCGAGUUCUGAUCGACAAGCUGACAUCAGAUUCCAUAUAUGAAUUCUCUGUUCGCACUUCACAAGGAGACAGAGAUGGCAAAUGGAGUGUUUCGGUUUUUCAAAGAACACCGGAGUCUGUUCCAACGUCUAGCCCUGAGAACUUUGAGGUGAAGCCAUUAGGUGAACAAGGAAGAGCAGUCACUGUAUCCUGGGAUCCUCCUAUUGACAACAAAGGAAAAGUCACAGAAUACAUUGUUUCAUACGCCCCGGCUCUCAAACCAUUCGGAGCAAAGACUAUUUCUUUUACUGGGGAUGUUACAACUGCUGUAGUUGAUGGCCUGCAACCUGGGGAGCGCUAUAUUUUCAAAAUUCGAGCAGCAAACCGGAGAGGACAAGGUCCUCAAUCAAAAACCCUCAGUGUUGCUAUGCCAAAAAGUACUAAUAUUGCUGCAACUUCUCAUCAUAGGAUUCGUGACAAAUCUCAAACUUCUCGAGGAUAUGAAUCAUCUUCAGUCUCCAAAUAUUUAUCCAAAAAGCCUUCUUCACAUUUGCCACCUUUUCCAUCUAAACCCAUCUCUGGUUUCAGAACCAAUACAAGAAAGUUUUCCCCUCUCUUUCCUGCUUCACGUUCACGAUCAUUACAGUCACCUGAAUCUGUUACAAAAACAAAUGAAAGCUUACAUUUCUCCUCUUCAUCAUUAAUCCCUCCUUCCCCUCCCUCAACACCAUUAAAACAUGCAGCUACAAGUUUCAGGAGAAAUAGUCAGCUGUUAACUAAAGCAAGAUCUACCUCCUCUGCAAUCCUAUUCAACAGAAACCCAACUCAGCUAAGAAUACCAAAUUCCAAAGUAAGUCUUAAAAACCAACUAACUUCUGGGCCAUCCCCUGUUCAGACACAAAAUGAAAUAAAAGAGCCAAGACCCGAUCCAUCUAAACUUCUGACUUCAUCAGCUUUUCCCUCUGUGAGAUCGUCGUCUGUGUUUGCAGAGGAAGAUAAGGAAGAGAAAAGUGUAGAAGAAGAGGAGGAGGAAGCUAAAGAGAUAAAUGCAAAAAACAAGAAUCCCAUUUUAACAGAGCAGAAGCAACCUUACCGUGGUUCAACACUGAAUAGACAGCCUUUAGUUUCCCAGUUACCAAAGUCAUUCUCUGCUCCUGAUCCUAGAUCAGCACGGCCAUUAUCGAGAACAACUUCAAAUUCACGUUCUUUUAUGACUGCAGCUUCCCUGUCUUGGCCAAGUUCUAAUAGAACAAAAGUGGACAAUGAUAAUGAUAAAAAGCCAGCUUCCGUAUCUUCAACACACUCAACUUCACAAAGAAAUCGUGCCACAGGAUCAAGUUUUAUUAAAACCAGACUUGUAUAUGAAACUCCAAAAAAUAUAUUUAUUUCUGUUUCUCCACAACCUAAUCCUCCUCCUGUGUUAUCUUCAUCUUCAGCAUCCAAUGGAAAUGAUCACCGAACUUCAUGGACAGAUCCUCUCUCUCAUUCGAGAAAUAACAAACUAUUGCCUGGUACUGAUCCUAAGGAAGUUUACUCUUCUUACUUUGGAAGAAAACUAACUGGCUCUAGUAGUUCUUCGCAGUACUUUCCAUCUUCAUCAGUUCAGUCUUCAUCUAUACCCUCAGGAAACUCUGACAAAUCUUCACUAUUAAAUCCCAGCACAGGUUCUAGACAUUCUAAUACCAUGCUGACAUCAAGUGCUGAAAAAAAGCCUGUUUCAUCUUCCAUUUCCUCUCAGUCCCAUUCAUCUUCAUCAAUCCUAACUUCCAGUUCUGGAUCCUUAGAAGAUUCACACUCAUUUUUGCCAACAAAUCACCUUUCUACCUUACACUUUGCAAAUGUCGGAACAUCUGACAGUAAAAGUAAGCCAUCUUUCUCUUCAGUACCUUUCCGAAAUCCUACCUCUCCAACUUCACAGGGACGCACUCAUCUACCUGAACUAAGAAAUUCUUACAUAAGGCCUAAUGGUGCCAAAAAAGAACUUGUAGCCAGUCACCCAACAAAACCAGUUACCUCUUUUGUAACCCAAUCUAUCCCUUCUUCAUCGGUUCUGUCAUCUUCAAGACACUUCAGGCAACAAGCAUCUUUACAUUCUUCAAGCUCCAAGGAAACAGAUAGAAGGCAUCCUUUGUUCCCAUCUUCACCACAGCUUUCUGCUUCUCAUCCCCUGUCAUCAUCUUCACAUCGACACCGUUUCCCAGGGACAAGGACAAGGACAAGGUUUCCUUCCAGGUCCACUAUCAUAGGAGACCUUUUACGUUCAGGGAGAUUUCGGAAAUUUGGCAAGUCUCCCCCAGACCAAUGGAAGUCUGGGAGAUCAAACUUAACAGGGAGUAAGGUUUCACCUAGCAGAGGCAGUAAUGAAAAGGCAUCUGGACGUAGGGUUAUCACUGGACCUCAGGACACCAAAUGGAUUGUUGAUUUUGAUCGAGGAAUAUUGAUGAACCCUGAAGGUCAAAUCCUCCAGGAUACAGAGGGAAAACCCCUUCAGAUACAACUGGGAGCAGAUGGACAUACAAUACUAGAUCGACAAGGAACCCCAAUUCUGAGUCCAGAUGGUUUACCUCUGUUUGGACAUGGACGAGAUAGUAAGCCUUUAGUUGACCCAAAAGGCAAGCCAGUUUUGUCAGUCGGGGGAAAGCCUGUCAUUGGAUUGAUCCGUCACUUUGAAACGACAGUUGCACUUACAACCACAACAAUCAAAACCAUGGCUGCAACUACCACACCAGAGCCAACUACCACACCAGAGCCAACUACCACACCAGAGCCAACUACCACACCAGAGCCAACUACCACAGAGUUAACAAUCAAAGCGACUACUGUAAUUCCGUCAUGUCCCACAAGGAGUAAUAUAAGAUUGAAUCAAGAUGGUUACCCUGUUCUAGGUUCUGUUAAUAAUAUUGAAUGCUUGACUGAAGAAGAGUCUUCUGGGAUGGAAUGGGAUCUGGUAAUCGUUCCCACAGAAAGUGAUUCACUGGAUUCCUUAGCCAUUAAAGAAGGUUUUCAGCUGCUUACAAAUACUUUGCCGACAACAGCUGAUCCUCCGACAAAGACAAAGCCCAUUGUACGGCCAUUCCACACGAUUCCACAAUCAGAGUUUGACAUAACGGGAAAGAAACGAUUUGUAGCGGCUCAUGUGAAUUAUAUCAGCAAAGAUCCAACAGCACCAUGUUCGUUGACAGAAGCACUAGAGCACUUUCAAGUGGAUUCACUGGUGGAUAUUAUUCCAAAAGACUUGAAGGAGAAAACCCUACCUCCCGAGCAAGUUCCACACAACAUUACCAUUGUGGCUGUUGAAGGUUGCCAUUCCUUUGUAAUCCUUGACUGGGCAAAACCUCUGAAGGAAGAAUUUGUAACAGGUUACCUUGUCUAUAGUGCUUCUUAUGAUGAUAUCUUGCAGAAUGAGUGGUCUACAAAAUCUGAAGUUGCCAGCACGCACCUACCUAUUGAAAAUCUGAAGCCAAAUACAAGAUAUUAUUUUAAAAUUCAAGCAAAGAAUCCAUAUGGAAACGGCCCCAUCAGUGAAGCUUUGUCUUUUGUUACAGAAUCAGAUGACCCACAGAUUAUUGUCAGGCCACCUGGGGGUGAGCCAAUUUGGAUUCCUUAUACAUUCAAGUUUGAACCUUCUUCAAGUGAAUGCACAGGAAAACAAUAUGUGAAGCGUACUUGGUACCGCAAAUUUGUGGGUGUGAUACUCUGCAACUCAUUGCGGUACAAAAUCUUCCUGUCUGAAGGCUUAAGAGAUAUGUUUUACAGCAUUGCUGAUGCUUGGGGAAAAGGGGAGGACCACUGCCAAUUUGUUGAUUCUUUUCUGGAAGGAAGGACGGGAACACAUGAGUAUCCAGAAUCUCUGCCAAUCAUCCCAGGUUAUUAUCGGAGUUAUCGCCAAGAGCCAGUGUCAUUUGGCCUCAUUGGUGGAUUUGGGAAAUUUGGUGGGACAUCCAAUUAUUACGUGGGAUGGUAUGAAUGUGGUGUACCUAUUCCUGGAAAAUGGUAAUGAAAUUGUCCUUUGAAGUUGCUCAUGAAAGAUUUAACUACUCAAUUCACAUUUGAGCUGAAUUAACAGAGGACUGAGACGGUACCUUGUUCUUGAAUACUGGACAAUGUGUCGAAUUAUCAAGAUUAUUUUCACAUGAUUUCAAAGACUCUUUCUUCCACAAUCUUACUGGAAUAAAUGACAUAUCCUCUUUAAUACAAUAUAUACAUGGAGGACUAGGGCUUAAAAUAAACAUGCCUGAUAUCAUUGCACUCGUAGUGGUUCCAUUUUCUACAGUAGGUAAAGAAAUGGUGAAAGAAUCAUCAAAUCGAAGCUCUGCUGACAUGAGACAAAAAGCCCUCUUGAAAUUCCAUCUGGGCAUUUGAACAGCCUCUGUGAACUGCACUUAAUGCAAAAUCAUCAAGUCUUCCAAGAUAAAUCUCUACCAGGGUAUUGAACUGAAAGAUUUUGUCCAAAAUCACAUUGGGCUAGGAGAGGAAAUUCAACAUGUUUUAUAAAAUAGUUUCCUUUCAAAGUUGCCACUGUUGAACUUGGCAACAUGGCAGAUGAUCUAUGCACAUCAGUAAGUUUUCCGAGAUUAAUAUUAAUAUACUACAUAGGUUUUAAAAUGGUAAGUCUCAGGCAACUCGUGCAUCUCUGUUCCCUGCAAUGCCAGGUUGCAUACAUGCUGUACUUAACUCUUUUUUUUUCUGGACUUGCAAAACAACUUAGCCCAUUAUAAGCCUAUAUUGAGCAUAUUAUGAAGAUCUGUAUCCAAAUGCAUCACUAGCUAGUGAUGAAACCAGUUGGAUUUGGCAUGACAUCAUUACUCUUCACCAAUCUGCAAUAGAAACCCAUUUUUGCAUGCCACUCUUGAUAACGUACCUCGACAGUGCUAAUUUUUAACCUGCACUUUCUAACUAACUUACAAAGUUCAAAGUAUUCAAGAAAUAUUUUUCUCACAUCUGUAAAAUCUAUUACCUUGGAAGGAAUUCAAGAAAAGUAUUUUUUAUGAAAACAAAAUUCUCUGGAUAGGUUAGAUUUAAACCAUUUCACCAGGGUAAAGGGACUUCUGCUUAAUUUAUUUUUGCACAGUUCCUUAGUGCAUUGUUUUCUUGUGUUUGUGCAGUAUUGUAAAAUACAGUUUUUUGCGCAGGCGCACCGCAAUAGAUUUAUGCUGUUUUGAAACAGUACCAUAUGGAACAGUGCAGUGAAAUAGGAUCAGCUUUAACUCCUUGUCAGCUAAACCACUGCGCUGGCGCAAAUAAAUGCAACAUUUGAGUGAAUUUGCUAAUUGCAAGUUCCUGGCAAGUAGCUACACUUCAAGGGAGUGCAUUCAGCGAUAGAGCAACAUCACUGUAGUGCUUGUUUUCCCAUUUCAACAUUUUAAAGCAUGGCUUCUCAUUGGAAGCAUUGAAUCAGGGAAUUUAGUCUACUAUCCUGAUGUGCAUUUUAUUAAAUGUUAUUUUGAUUAAAUACGCAAUGUAAAUUCCUUUAAAAAUAGAAAUCUUUUCUUAUCUAACGUGUACUUUAUAGUAAAAAGAUCAGUUUAAAAAGCAUAUUUAAAUGGAAUUUGGGAAUUUCAAACACAAGCUUUUUCUGCUUUUCCAACUUGUACAUAGUAUAGCUUUGUAAUCAUAACCACACAUUUGACCAAUCAUUGUGCCAAAUCUGCUGUUACUCCGUUGCAUCUGAAAAAUUUUGUGCUUUAAAAAAAAUGAGAAAAUCACUGAAAAUUUUAGUUUUCAUGUUAGAUCAAAGAAAAAGAGCUUUAAUUAUAAACAGCACCUAAGCAAUGAAUCGCUGCAAUUGGCCAUUAUAUCAAUGCAGUCUUGGGUUUGGUAAGCAGCCUACAUAUGUUAUCAGAAAUGUAUCUUACGCUUUGUCUCUGAUCAUUGUAUUGAUAUAACACUACUUAAACUUGU